AUGAUUCAUUCUCUAAUUGUUUCCAAAUCCAUUCCAUUCUUCCUUCUUCUUUGUACUCUUGCUUUUCUAUUAGAUGUUGCUUUUGCUGAUCCUCCAUAUGAAAUUUGUUCCACAAGCAGCAGCUAUGCAAACAACAGCACCUUUCAAAACAAUCUAGUCAACCUUCUCUCCUAUUUAUCCUCCAAUGGUUCAAUCUCCAAAUCCUAUAACGCUUCUUAUGGAAUUGGCCCAGAUAGAGUUUAUGGCCUCUACAUGUGCCUAGACUAUGAUUCAAAUGAAUCUUGUAAAAAAUGCAUAACCACAGCAAUUGAGGACAUUGUCAAACUCUGUCCUCAAGCAGAAGAAGCAAUAGUAUGGGAGGAGGUCUGCCAAUUACGUUAUUCCAACAACAAUUUCAUGGGUAUGUUGAAUGUCACAGGGAACAUUGGCUUAGAUAAUAAACUGAAUAUUUCAGAACCAGAAAAAUUAGAGUCUGCUGUGAAUGAGAUAUUAAGUAAUCUAACUGAGAUGGCAUCUUUUAAUGUUUCGGCUAACAAUUAUGCAACUGGAGAAGUCCCCUUUGAAGAUAAAACAAUAUAUGCCUUGGUGCAGUGCACUAAGGAUUUAUCAGCCAAUGAUUGCAGUAGGUGCCUGCAAAAUGCCACAAAAGAUAUACCAGGUUGUUGCUAUGCCUCCAUCGGUGCAAGAGUUCUGAGUCGUAGCUGUUAUUUGAGGUAUGAAUUUUAUCCGUUUUAUCUUGGUGCAACAGAACCCACAGGUUCUCCAACCAGAAAUAAUGAAGGCAAAAGUAAGCAUUUCAAGUCAAUUUCAUAUAAUUCAAGCAAAAUAUGGAUGAUUACAGGCAUUAUAGUUGCGGUAGGCUUGGUGAUAAUAUCUGUCACUUGCUGCCUAUACUUUGUCAGGACCAAAAGAAAUAAACAAAGAACAAAUGACAAAAUAUCUGAGGACUUCCCUUAUAUUGAUCUUGGAUCUCUCUGUGUGGCUACCAAAAACUUUUCUGAUUUAAAUAAGCUUGGACAAGGUGGCUUUGGCCCUGUUUACAAGGGAAUACUUAGUGAUGGCCAGGAAGUAGCAAUCAAGAGGCUAUCAACUUGCUCUGAGCAAGGCUCCGAGGAAUUCAUAAACGAGGUUCUGUUGAUAAUGAAACUUCAACACAAAAAUCUUGUAAAGCUUCUGGGAUUUUGUGUAGAUGGAGAAGAGAAAAUUCUGGUGUAUGAAUUUUUACCCAAUGGUAGUCUUGAUGUUGUACUUUUUGAUCCAAAGGAACGUGCACAACUCGAUUGGACCAAACGCCUCGAUAUAAUAAAUGGCAUAGCAAAGGGAAUUCUUUAUCUUCACGAAGAUUCUCGACUGAAAAUAAUUCAUAGAGAUCUAAAAGCAAGUAAUGUGUUGUUGGACUAUGACAUGAAUCCAAAGAUCUCAGACUUUGGAAUGGCCAGGAUAUUUGCUGGAAAUGAAGAUGAAGCUAACACUGCAACAAUAGUUGGCACAUAUGGAUAUAUGGCUCCAGAGUAUGCAAUGGAGGGGCUAUAUUCCAUAAAGUCUGAUGUUUUCGGCUUUGGAGUACUAUUGCUUGAGAUCAUUACAGGGAAACGUAACGCGAGUUUCUAUCACUCUAAAAACACUCCUAGCCUUCUAUCAUAUGCAUGGCAUCAAUGGAAUAAUGGGAAGGGGCUGGAAUUAAGGGAUCCCUUGUUAUCUGAUUCGUGCCCCGAAGAUGAGUUUCUGAGAUACGUGAAUAUUGGAUUGCUAUGUGUUCAAGAAGAUGCAUAUGAUAGGCCAACCAUGUCUUCCGUUGUUUUGAUGUUGAAGAACGAAUCAGCAACGCUUGGCCAACCAGAAAGACCACCUUUCUCUGUAGGGAGAUUCAAUGCUAGUGAGCCAGAUUGCCAAGAUUGCUCAGUUAAUUUCUUAACCGUGUCAGAUAUAUUGCCGCAGUGA